AUGGGGCGGCGGGCGCUGCCCGGCGGCCGAGGCCUCCGCAGCGCGCAGUCCUCGAGCUCCGACGACGACGACCGCCCUCGGCGGACCUCGGUGGCGCGCGGGGCCGUGGCCGCCGCGGUGGGGCGAUGGCCGCCGUGGAGCGGCCGAGGCCUCGGCGCGCAGCCAUCCAGCUCCGACGACGGCGGCGAGGACGACGACGACGACGACGACGACUGCCCGGAGCGCAGUUCGGAGGAGCCGCUCGGCGGGGCCCCGCUGGCGCUCCUCGGGGUGCCGCUCGUGCCGCCCGCCAGCCUCCGGCUCGACCUGGCCUUCUGGGCCCAGCUGCUCGACAGGGCCGGGAGGCUCGGCUACGUCGAGGGGGGCGCUGGCGGCGUCCGGACGGCCGUGUUCCGGAGGCUCCUGCGGAGGCUCACCCUGGUCCUCGAGGUGGAGGGCCUCGACGACCCCGCGUGGGAGCGCGCGUUGCAGGCGGAUGCCAUCGGCUGGGCGGGCGUGCGGCGGGCCUUCGAGCAGGGCUUCUCGCCCCGGGUGCGCCUGUCCAGGGUGGAGCGCUUCUCGCUGAGCCCGAGGAAGAAAUAA